UGAUGAAGGCGAAGAACCCUAACAGUCUCAUAUCAAGGCAUCUUUUUGCAGAAGAAAUUGCCAGACCCAUUUUGGCGUUGUAGAUUCUCUGUCUUUCUCACUCUGGAUAAAAAUGGUUGCUCAUGAAAAGCUAAUCUUCAAUAAGGAUCUGUUGCUGAAUAAGGCCUCCAAGAGAUCUCCAUGGAUACUAACAAUGAUGGUUCUGCUCUUCGCCAUGGUGUGCGGAGUAUUAAUCUAUUCACUCAGUAUAAAGCAGCUCAGCAUUUUCAGACAAACCGAUCCCUUCAAAAUCCAAGUGAUUGAUCGCCGAGAACGCCUUUGUAAGCAUACUAGAAUGCAAGAAUUAAAUUCCUCGGACGCUCAUUUCCCCAUCCCCAAAACCUUCAGCAGGCAGGAAUGUGCGUGCAACCCUGUCCGAUUCUUUGCCAUUGUCACGAUGCAGAGAUCCGGCAGCGGAUGGUUCGAGACACUGCUCAACAGCCAUGUCAACAUCAGCUCCAAUGGCGAAAUAUUCGGCUCCCAGGACAGGAGAACCAAUGUGUCUGCGCUUUACCAGACCCUGGACAGAGUUUACGACCUGGAUUGGUUCAGCAGCGCUUCCAAGAAUGAGUGCUCGGCUGCUGUCGGCUUCAAAUGGAUGCUAAAUCAGGGAUUAAUGGCCUAUCAUAAAGAGGUAUCGGACUACUUCAGGAAGCACCAAGUGUCAAUGAUAUUUUUGUUGCGAAGAAACCUUCUUCGCCGGUUCAUUUCAUUAGUCGCUAAUAAGUACGAUAAGGAAGUGAAACUCCUGAACGGAACGCAUAAAUCCCACGUCCAUACAUUGCGGGAGGCUCAAGUGCUGGCAAGCUACAAGCCGGCUCUCAACACAACGAUGCUACUGUCCGACCUUAGAUCAGCUGAGGGGACAGUGGCGAAAGCCUUGGAACGGUUCAAGACCGUAAGGCACAUUGUUGUGUACUAUGAGGACAUCGUCUCCAAUCGCACGAAACUGGUCGACGUCUUAGAAUUCCUCAAGCUGCCGGCGCAGAACCUCACGAGCCUUCAGGUUAAGAUACACAGUGGCUCGCUGUCUGAACUGAUCAGUAACUUCGACACGGUGGAGAAGACACUAAAGGGAACAUUAUACGAGCAUUACCUCUAUACAGACUACAACUUGUAGAGAGCUCUCGGACACAUCGUAGACAUGUUUUCCAUCGAAAACAUUGUUAGAUGUCGGAAAAUGCUUGUUUUCCUGUAAAAUUUAUUACGAUUGACCGGAAACGACGAAAUCGGCCUUGUAUUUCUUGCACGCAAUGGCUUCCCCGUGAAACUUAGCUUUUUGGAUUUUUUUGGCAGCCCACAACUUUGAAGAUGGAAGUGCUUCAAAGUGCUCUGUAUUAUUGGAACCAUUCUCCAUGAUUGUUCGAAAUAGACCUUCUGAGAAGCUACUUGUACAAGGAAUUGACAAUCACCUAACGUACGUACGUAUGUGGAAGAAAGAAAUCUUGGAGAUGGAUAUAAUUGUAUA